AUGAAAAGGCUAAACCACAGUUCCGCGGUUGAAUUCAUUCUCCUGGGCUUUUCUACUUUUCCUGAACUUCAAGAGCAACUCUUUGGAAUUUUCCUGGUUGUUUACUUGGUGACUUUGAUAGGAAAUUCCAUCAUUAUAGGUGCCAUCUCUCUGGAACAGAGCCUUCAUGUACCCAUGUACUUAUUUCUCCUGAACUUGUCUGUAUUGGAAGUGAGUUUCAGCGCAGCUAUUAUGCCUGAAAUGCUGGUGGUCCUCUCCACAAAGAAUACUGUGAUUACUUUUGCAGGUUGUUUUGCUCAGAUGUAUUUCAUUGUUUUUCUUGGUGGGACUGAAUGUUUUCUCCUGGGGGCAAUGGCUUAUGACCGAUAUGCUGCAAUCUGCCAUCCACUGAACUAUCCAGUGAUAAUGAACAAAAGCGUUUUCAUAAAGUUAUUAAUUUUCUCAUGGGUCUCAGGAAUCUUGGUGGGUACUAUGCAGACCAACUGGGUAUUUAGUUUUCCCUUUUGUGGCCCUAAUGAGAUUAAUCAUCUCUUUUGUGAGACACCCCCAGUGCUAGAGCUUGUAUGUGCAGACACAAGUUUUUAUGAAAUGUAUGAAUUCACAGGCACAAUUUUAAUUGUUAUGGUUCCUUUCUUGCUAAUCUUCUUAUCUUACACCAAAAUUCUCUUUGCCAUCCUGAAGAUGCCAUCAAACACUGGGAGGCAAAAGGCUUUUAUCACCUGUGCCUCUCAUCUAACUUCUGUGACGCUCUUCUUUGGCACAGCGAGUUUGACUUAUAUACAACCCAAGUCUGGUUAUUCCCCAGAAACCAAGAAAAUGUUGUCAUUGGCUUACUCACUUCUGACACCUUUGUUGAAUCCAUUGAUUUACAGCUUGCGAAAUAGUGAAAUGAAAAGAGCUUUAAUCAAAUUGUGGAGAAGAAAAAUAGAUUUACACUCUUUUUGA